AUGAUUGAUCUUUUUCCGGGUGAAACUAAAGAGUUCCUCAGUUAUGAUAUGGCAAUUAAUGACACAAAUAAUUACUAUCAACCAGAGUUUCUCAACAUAUUACUUCCAAAUGGAGUUCCACCUCAUCGAUUAGUGUUGAAAAUAAAUUAUCUAAUAAUGCUCUUGAGAAAUCUAGAUCCUUCAGAUGGGCUCUGCAAUGGGAGUAGGAUGGUUUGUCAUCAAUUCAGUACACAUGUUAUACAUGCAGAGAUAACUACUGGGCAGUACUCUGGCAAACAUGUAUUCAUUCCGCGUAUACCAUUAAGUCUUGCAAAUGAUGAAGGAUAUCCAUUCAAAUUCGUACAGAAACAGUUUCCUGUCGACUUCUCCAUACCGCAAUUUUGA